AUGACUCAGCGACGCCACAUUGUAGUAGAUCCCUCUUCUAUAGAUCCAAAGGACCUUGGAGAUGUGGCCAGUCUGGAUGGUACAGAAGGGUGCCCAGCUCCACUGUUGGGAAGAUGUUUGUUGGGAUGUUACUACUUUUUCAGGCCAAGCAAAGGGCCCAUUAUUUACGAGAUUGACCCAACAUUAUUCGUGGAGCCCGUUUGGACUGGCACCCAUUCGACUGACGUUCAAUUAAACGACGAGGUGGUAAUCGACACAUUAGUGGAAUCUAGGCCACUGCGACUCAUGUCUACGGUAUUUUCCAGCACCCUGGCGCCAUCUACCAGCCAUCUAAGGGCUACGAUCGAGCUGCCAGGCCAGCUACCCAACGAAUCGAAAUCCCCAGCUGCAUUAAUUUCGAUGCAGAUGUCAGGAGCACACGGUCCGUUUUAUGAACAUGUCAAAGGUUCCAUACUAGCAAGUUCAGAGAAAAGUGUGCAGGAAACCAUGGAAGUGUCCGACGUGUCGGCGAUAUAUGGUGGCGUAGACAUAGGUAACCAACAACCAGUUGAAAAAACCCCGGAUGUGUCCGGACAUGGCUAUGAAUGGUUCCGAUCCACUCUCGGAUGGACCAGCUCUGUGUAA